CCAGAGGAAAAAAAAAAAACGGAGGCAAAGGGGAGGGGCUUUAAGGGAGAAAUAGAGGAGAAAAGGCUGGAUGAGAAAGAUAGGCAGAGGGAGGAAUACAAGCAACUGAUAAAGGAAACCCAUCGUGAGCAGCAGAGAGGGGCUAUAAAUUGAGGUUCAGCUCUGGACGUUGUAGCUCCAUCCACAACUCUGGCACUAAUAACUGCAGCAGAUCGCUGAAGGAUACAGAAAAAAGAGCUGGAAUUACAGAGACGAUGGAUGUACAGACAGAAAACACAGACCCCCCGCCUAACGAGUCGCAGCCGAGUGGAAAAAUCAGAAAGGGAUUCAAGUUGUUUGGCAAACGCAAACCAGGCAGCAUAUUUUCUAUCCGCAGCAAAGGGGAUGGGAACAACAAGUCACCUGUUAUAAGCAGCAAAGCGUUGGAUGGAUUAUCCGAGACUCCCGCGUCAAAAUCUGAGGCGGAGAAGGAAAACGGGCAUGAGGUGGAACGAGGAGAGAAGGAGCAGGUGGAGGACGACAUGCUUGGUGAAGAUGGCGUUCUGGCUUCCGCCCCAGCUCGCACCUCCAUCUCUUCAGCCAGCUCAGCCAAGUCCCUCAGCUUCCUUUCCCUGCUCAGAGGAGGCAGGAGGGGAGCAGGGGACCGCCGAGUCCACACCGUGUCCCAGCCGACGGGUCGGCAACGUCGUGGGCUGAAGGGCCUCUUUGGCAGCGUCAGGCUCCGAUCGAAAGACAAAGAGGACCAGGAGAAAAGCCCUCCAAGCCCACUUCUGAUGUCAUCUCGUGCUAACAGUGUGGAAAUCAUCAAAGAGGACAUGACCCUCACACCAAAAUGCCAAACACGCUCUCUGAACAGCCCUGAUACAGACAGCAGUGACCCCAUCCAGAGCAACAGUGGACAGAUGUCUCCAUCAGAGUCCUCAGACCCCAAGGAGAUGACAGGAAGUGGAGCAAAAGCAGCACCUUCACCCACCUCUGAACCACCGCUGGCACCUGAGGAUACCAGCUUGAGCUCAUUACUGGCAGAUAUCUCUUCUCUCCUGACCUUUGACUCCAUCACAGGGCGAGACAUCAUGGCUGACGUGGAAGCAGAGUGGGGCAAAGCGAGCAGUGCCAUCAGUUCGUCAUCCUUUUUCUCCAAGCCCACCAUCUCCUCUCUGUCGACUUCCACUACCAUCAGUAUGGCUGCUACAGAAAAACACUCUUCUGUCUCUACCUUCACGACGUUCGCCAAACCUUCCACUAUCACUUCAGGCUUCAACUCUUCUGCCAGCAAUCAAGAUGCAACAAAGCCCUCCACCACACCUGCAGCUUCAUCUCUACUAACAUCUUUUACUUCAAAGACAGUCCACUCCACUUCAAGCUUCACUUCUUCUACCACGGUCCCUGCAAACACACUGUCCACGAUGAACAAGGCUCCUUUAAUUUGUCCAAGCAAACUGACUUCAGAGAUCGCUUCACCUCCCCAAAAUACUGCCUCAGUAAGUACACCCGACCCUGUAUCUGUUUCACCUGCCAUGUCUGCUAAACCACAUGUAACCCAGAGUUUUUACAGCACCUUCACCCAGCCUCCCCCUACUAAUUCAGAAACAGUUUGCAUUUCAAACCUAGAAAAGUCCACUUUCAGCAAAACCUCCCAAAUCUCAGCGGCAGGACAAUCAACGGCCGUGGGGUCAUUCACGUCAUGGGUAGUUACAACUGAGCCCUCUUCUUCUGCAUCAACUAAUCUGUCAAAGAUGACGACCGUUUCUGCAGUAGCUACAACCUCAGUCUUUGUAUCCACAGCCAGUUCCAAGCCCUCCCUCACCUCAACCCACCUGGACUUGAAUAAAACCCCUCCCUUAUUUGUAACCAGUUCAGCUCCCGGUCCUUCAACAACCACGAAAACCCAACCCAGCUCCACGUCUUUCCCAGCUCCAACUUCGAUCUCUUUAGAUAAGAAGCCCCCUCUGUACGCUGCGGUUCCUUCUACCAACACAGCAUCACGACCCCCAACGGCUCUGAGUCUGAUCCACAGCUCUACCUCCGGAAGUCCUCCUGCUGUAUCUAAGGAACUCACUGCUUCAACUCGAGUAGAAGAUUUUCAAUCUAAAGUGACCUCUGCCACAGCUGAAGUCCCACUUUCUGCAUUAAAAGAUCCAUCUGCUCUCAUUAAAUCACAGGUUUCUUCAUCUAAAGCUCCAUCUCCCCCCACUGAGGUUCCAAUAUCUGUAUCUAAACCCUCUCCUGCUUCUGCUCAGAUCCCAUUUUCUCAGCCUAAAACCCAACCUGCACCUCCCGCUGCUUCUUGCCAUGCAGCUUCUCCUCCAUCUCUUCCUGUUUCUUGGCCAAGUGAGAGUGCAGCCUCUGCUAAGAUGAAGGGGACGGGACAGACAUCAAUGGAUCAUCAGCCGACCAGUCCAGAUGGCAUAGGUGGACAGGGAAGCCAAGCUGUGCUCUCAAAAACAAGAGAACUACACGAGUCCCAAACAAGCCUCCAGGGGCCCACCAAAGAAAAGAAGCCAACACAAUCAAAAGCAUCUGGCCUUAGUAAAAUACCUGUAGUUGGAGGUGGAAGAGUGGGUAAGCUAUCCGUCCGGGAAGGCCAACAUGGCAACGAUGAAUCGAGCAGGGACCCACCUACGCCUGUGCAAGAAGAAAGGCCCAGUUUCAACUCUCAUGAUAUGAGGAGCAAUGAUAAAAUGAGUCCAACUGAAGCAAAAGCACACACUUUUAAACAGACUGAGGAGGAGAGUCAGCAGCUCCAGCAGCCAAAAAGUCUUACGAGUUCAGCACGUGACUCAAAGAUCCCGGUGAAACACGGCACUCAAGUCUCUCAGACUAAAGAACCCCCCCGUACGAAGAUCCCCGUGUCCAAAGUUCCUGUCCGCAAAUCUGGGAACAAGCAAGCCACUACAGGAGGCACCAACCAGAUGAGGAAAUAACACCACGGAGCUAAGCAGCUAACGAUACACGGAUUGUGUUUUUAUGCCACUCUUUUUAAAAUCCACAUUUCUCUGCUGUAAUUCUGUCAUCUCUUGGCUUCACCACAUUAUAAUAAAGGACAGCUCACAAGCACAAAACAUCUCCAAGAGAAGCUGGUAUGACGGCCGGGCCCUUUGGUGCUGAGCCAAGACACGAACUCAGAAAAGGUUCGAAGGACAGCCCUUCGCAGCAUCUGUAAGAAAAGAGAACUAUCGAAGGUUGGCUGUAAUUUGGGAUCAAAUGCACACUCACAAUCUGAGGGAGUGCCUUCUUAAAGGUGCUUUUCCUAUAGACUUGAUGAUUUUUUUUCCAGUCUUUUCUACUGUAACUUAUACCUUUUGUUACCUCUUGCUUUUUGUAGGGCACUUUCAGUCUUUUUGUUCUUUCUUCCAGCAAGUUUCUUGAUAAACCUUUCAACCUUUAAUUUAUGCCAGGAGAUGAAACACGGGACCUGUAGGAUGCAAUGUAUCGACCAAAUUUACAUUCCACACCUGUCGAUGGAUUUAUGUAGCAGAAAGAAAAAUGUGCCAUUAAUUAUUUUUACACAAGCUAUUAGACUGUACAGCGCCUGCUCAUGUGUAACAAUAUAACAUCUCACUGUGAACUAUUCAUCACAAGUGGAAAAUAACUGUUGAAAUGGACUGAGGACAUUUGAGUUAGGCAAAGAAAGGGGUGAGAUGAGAUCUCCAGCUCGAACACUGGCACAUGUUUACCCUGAUAUCCGUUAUACCCUGAUAAGAACAAAACCUCAGUAGAGAUGCAUCAGUAUUGUUCUGUUUCCUAUGUAAUCAAUAAAAC